UUUUACCACUAAUUAUACAAAAGCAAACACGAGUGUUUGUGAAACACUUGAAGAAAUCACGUUCUACACAACGGAUGCAGGAAGCAGACGAUAGUUUCGAAAUGUCGAGCCGCAUUGUUCCAGUAAAGCGUUAUGAUUGGAAUUUUUUCGACAAGCAAAUGGAUAUGUUCCCAUCUUUCAAAGAUAAUUUCGACAAAGAUUUUUUCAGUGAUGUCAAGUCCACAAGUAUGGAUGAAGAAAUAGCAAGGAUGAAACGGGAAAUGUUUAACCUGACAACACCAGAGUCAAAUUUGAAAGUAGAGCAACCUUUUGUUCAGGAUUUUACUGGAGAUAAGAAAAUGGCUCUACGGUUUGAUUGCAGUCAGUUUAAUCCUGAGGAAAUUCAAGUCAAAACCAUGGACAAACAAUUAACUGUACAUGCCAAACAUGAAGAAGUAUCACCGGGAAGAAAAGUGUUCAGAGAAUUCACCAAGUCGUACACUUUACCACAGGAUGUUGAUCCCUUGUCAUUGAAGUCAAGUUUGACCAAAGACGGAUUUUUACAGGUUGAAGCUCCUGCACCUAAAACAUGUAUUGCAAGGAAGGAAAUCUUUAUUCCAAUUGAGAAAAUGCUUAGGUAAAUAAUUCAAACUAAUUGAGCCAGCAACAUGCCGAUUAUAUAUAACAUGCUGUAUCGGAAACCACCAGUGAGAAACUAUUUUGACCGUUUCAAUGAGGCAUUGCUAUUUAUGUACAAUAUCGGAGAAAAGUAAUUUUGACCGUUUCAGUGAUGCAUUGCUAUCUAUGUACAAUAUCAGAGACUUUGGAUACUGUGCUAAAAAUGACAAUUAAUUCAGUAUUUUUGCAGUUUUUAACAAUUUUAACAAUUUGUUUACAUAUAAGGUUUCGUAGUAGUAGCUUUAUAUAUGUUAUUGUACAUGUUUUGGACUAUCAUUCCCAGAUCAGUUUCUGUGACAAGACAAUUAUUUGAAUUCAGUUGUAAGCAAAUAAAAAUGUAUAAGCAA